AUCGAUCGCGUCGUCCUCCGCACCGCCUCCAUCACCCCCGACGCGGCGGCGAACGCGCUCGUCGAGACGCUCGGCCUGAGAAAGCUCUCCGCGGCGGAAGAUCCCGCCGCCGCGCGCGACGGCCGCGCGGUCGUGACCGGCGCGUACGGGAUCGCGCUCGAGCUGCGCGGCGGCGCGGACGGCGACGACGACGACGGCGGAGAUGGAGACGACGACGGUGACGUCGAGAAACGCAUCGCCGCGUCGCGAUUUCCGCCGGCGUUGACGACGCUCACGUUGACGUCGGAUAACCCCGCGAGAGCUCGCAACGGCGCGAUUCGAAACGGCGCGACCGCGUUCAAGCAGCCGCCGCACGCGGGCGAGCGAUGCGCCGGCGACGCGUACCUGGGCUGCGCGGUCUCCGUCGUAGGGUUCCCGGUCGUCUUCGCGAGG